UAUGAAAUACAUCCUGACUGAGGAGCAUGUUACAAUUCCUGAGAAAAUUGAAAUCACAACCAAAUCCAAGUAGGUCAAAGUAAAAGGUAUUUGUGCAUAUUAAGUAAUAUUAGGACCAAGAGGUGAAUUGAUCAAAAACUUUAGACAUGCUGCUUUAGAUAUCUAGGUGUAAAAAAAAGUGAACAAAAAAUCAAAUACUACUAAAUCUAGAGUCAGUGUUAGAAUGUGGCAAUCAUAUAGAAAAUAAAGAUGCCAAGUUAAUUCAGUUGCCUCUUCAAUUAAAAAUAUGAUUAGAGGUGUGACCACUGGUUAUAAAUUCAAGAUGGUGUUGGCAUAUGCUCACUUUCCAAUCAUUAUCAAUCUCUUAGAAAAAGGUAUGGGAGUUGAAAUCAAGAAUUUCCUUGGUGAAAAGAUCAUCAGAACAAUUAAAUGUCUUCCAGGAGUCACAAUCACAAGAAAUGAAACUGAAGAAAAGAGUAUUAUAAUAAUCAUAUACACACUUUAGAUGUCUUAACACUUUAAGGAAAUGAUUUGAAUAAUGUUUCACUUACCUGUGCACUUAUCCAUUAAGCUUGUGCUGUUAAGAAUAAGGAUAUCAGACAAUUCUUGGAUGGAAUUUAUGUUAGUGAAAAGCGUCUAGAAAUUUGAC